UAUCCUCUUCUUUAUGUUCUUCUUUUGUCUCAAUUUCCAACAACAAUCAAAAACUGUCCUAAAGGCCCACGGCGCCAUGGAAAUUCUAAACACUUCCUUUUUGUUUCAUCUCUUCGCCAUCAACCUUCUUGGCCUCUUGCUUCCUCUCUCUCUCCUUCUUCUCGCUCGUCUCUCUUCCGCCCUAUAUCUCCUUGCUCUACUACCCUGGCCGCCCUCGUUCUUGCUCUCCCUUAUACUUUAUGUCAACUCUCCUCUUCUUUUCCUUCUUGUUUCUUUCGUCAUCCUCUCCACUCUUCUCCACUCUCUCACCGGCAAAUCCACUCUUCCCACCAAACUCCCCGGUCCCGUCUCCCAACCACGUCUUUACACGGCAUGGAUUUUCCUAUGUACUCUCCAGGUAUGUGUCGGCGUCGGGAUCGAGGGGAGCUUAUCGAGCGGGCUGAACGACUUGACGUCGACCGGCCACGUCGAGGGUGGCCUGUGGAGGAGACUGCUGUUUUUCCUUGGACUUCAUGAAGCCGUGGUGCACUGGACGAGGGCGGUGGUGAAGCCGGUGGUAGACGACACCAUAUACGGGGAACCUCGGACAGAGAAGUGGUUUGAGACGGCAGCUACUGCGGUGAGCUUGGGCGGGCUGUGGUGGUGGCGGUUGAGGGAUGAGGCGGAGGUGCUAGUGGUUGUGGCAGAAAGCAAGUGGUUGACGUCGGCGGAAUUGGGUUGGGCAGACAUUUCCGGGUGGUGCUUAUAUUACAUUACCGUUGUAAUUGGAAUUGCUAAGAUUGUUAAGUACUGUAUUGGUUGGUUUGGUGGGAGUUUUGUCUCUAAAACACAUUCUAAAACCUCCCAUCUGGUUGGUGUUGAAGACAAUGUUUGAAAUUUUUUAAUUAAUUUUACAAUUUAUUGGUGGUAAUUGGUGAUAUAAACCCACAGUCUCUAAGUUAUUGAAAAACUGCAUACCCCCUCAGAAAAGAGUAUAAAAAAGAUGUUCAUACUUUGAUCUUGAUGUAGAGCCAAGAAGAAGAGUUAGAUGAAAAUCAAGGAAUUAGAGAGAAAUUGAGGGAGACAUAGAACGCACAAAAAUGUGGAAGAAGAGUAUACUCCUAAUAUUUUAUGAAGUCAUUUAAGAUAGUUUAUGUUAUGUUGUACAAGAAUUUUAAAGUUGACAUGAAACUCAUUGGUCAAUAUUAUUUGGAUA